UCCAUCCUUAUCCUUCCAGGCCCGUCUUUUAUCCUUCAUAUCUUUCAUCUUUCCCAUCUAUUGAAGUUGAUCUCCUGGCAGACAUGGCUUCAGAUGACGAGGAAGAACUCUGUCAUAGCCCUCAAGACUCAGAGCCAGAGGACGAUGAUGGCUCCCUUCGGCCCAUGUCAUAUGCCUUCUGUUUGAGCAAGAACUAUGUUCAAAACUGGAGCAAUAGGGCUGCUUCUCGCGAGCUUUACCAGAACUGGAAGGACGGUAUUUUAACCUCGUUCCAUCUCACCCAACGCGACUUCCUACCGGAGAUAGAAGAUACCCGAAAUGAAAUCCAAAUCCGUCUAUAUCACCCGCAUUGCACGCCAUCUGGAGCCAGAAAGUUGUUAGGUUAUAUUCUCUACAAGAAGAGAUACGGAAGUAUUGAGAUGUCCAACUUUCAGGCACGUCUGACUUCCCACGAUUUGGAUUUUGGAGGAACGACUAAGAAAGACAAAAAUCGAUUAUUGGCCGGAGAGCAUGGCGAAGGUCUCAAGAUCGCCGCUCUGGUCCUUCGUCGCAAAGGCUUUCGAGUGCAAUUGAUGGCAAGCAAGUUUAGCUUCAACUUUGGCUUCCGAGGCAAAUGUCAGUCUCGGAUUUACUGCAAGUUGACUCCAAUCUCUCCCUCCACCUUGCCCAAGAAGAAGGAGAAUUGCCAGCGCAACUACGUUCUAGGCAGUUCUGUCAAUCUAAUCAGUGACCCGUCGAAAGAUGUGACCGUUCACAUUACCAAAGGGCAAGGUGCAGAUGGGGUGAAAAUUACUCCUGACGAAUUUAAAGAUUGGAUGCGCGUGGUCCUGGACCUGAAUAUGCCACCUGCCGGAUAUAUCAUUCAGACAGAACACGGAGACCUUAUUUUGGAUCGAGACAGAUACAAGAACCAGAUGUACCUUAAGGAUAUUCUACUUUCUCGCCCUGGGUCUGAAGGCAGAAAGUAUCGGCACGGCUACAACUUUCUGAGGGGCGAAACGGAUCGUGAGCGUCAGAGUCUAGCGAGCCAGGAGGAAGAGGCGCUGAUAGCCAGCAAGAUAUGGGCGUCUGCGAUUCGGCUUCAGAAAAAAUACAUCGUUGCAAGAUACACGGCUCUGCUACGUGACAACUGGGGAUGUGCGGAUGUUUUCAGGGCCGAUAAAGUGGUAGCUAAAGACACGGCAAUAGCAAUUUGGGAAUAUCUGCUCACGCAAGGUCGUGGCAAGUUCUACUAUGGCCUCGGAGAGAAGGAAAUGAAUUACGAAACAAUUGUCACGGGACUUAGACGAAAGCCUGUCGGCUUGUCAAAGGUGCUCUGGGAUAUUUUGAGAAAGUACACCCUCGCACGGACACCCGAUGAAGAGAGAAUACAUGUCUUCGAAACCUCGCAGCUCUCGACACUGCAGCCGAACCAUUUUAUGAGACAUAUAAAGCGAGCAUUAGCAGGCUACCUGGCACUGCAUCCGCAGACUCGCGAUGUGACUGUCAAAUAUGUCGCGGGAGGCAAUUGCGACGUCAACGUUCUCUUCAACCCUCCCUGA